AUGGCCGAGAUUCUCGUCUCGGUCUCGGUCGAGAUAUCGAUCUCGUGCAACUCUACUUUAAAUCCCAAAAAUCCAUUGUUAGAACAUUGUGUUCAAGUAAGCGGCAGUGGAGGUUCAAGCGGUCGUGUGUUAAAGCCGAAAGAACAUGAACGAUUAUUAUUACAUUUAAAAUCUCCAAAUCUUUCUGCAACAGAUAUUUACGGCACUUCCCAAUUAAUUGCUUUUCUUGAGCAAGCAUUGGACUACAAUGGAUUUUACGAUAAAAAUUUGGAAUGGAUUGGAUUAGAAAAUGUCCAAAUUAUUUUAAACGUUUCAACUGCAAGUGGAGCAGAAAGAUUUCCUUUACCAGAAAGAUUUGCUUCCAAACUACGUGUUCUUAUUUUGGAUUCACCAGAUGAGAAAGAAUUAAAGUCAAUCUGUGCUACAAAUCUUCGGCCAUUUUUUGAUUCAAAAAUAUCUAAAGGAGGCUCUAACAAUUCUUCUAGUAAAAUUGAAAUGAUUGUCUCAGCAAUGGCAACUACUUUUAUUAAAUUAACUAAAAUAUUUACACCCAAUGAACAUUUUCAUUAUGUUUUUACUACUGGUGAUUUGUCAAAUUGGGUUUGCAGUUUACAACGUUAUGAUCUUGAUGAGGCAGACACCGAUCAACUCUAUCAAUGUCUUUAUUUUGAAGCUCUUAGAAUUUUUUCCGAUCGUUUAAUAAGUACUGAACAUCGUUUACAAUUACAAACUAUUCUUAAUGAGCAUCUUCCUCUACGUGAAAGAUCUUUAAUUUAUGCACCAGUGACAGGAAUUUUAACAAAAGAAAACAAAAAACGUGGGGGCAAGUCUAUGCAACUUAUUAGCAAAUCAGAUUAUUCUUCACAACUACAACGGGCUAUCAAUCGGUUGAAGGCUGAUUAUGAAGAAGCUAUUUCUUUGCCUAUUAGUGAUAUAUUUAUGGAAAUAGCUCUCACAUCAUCAGGAGGAUCAGUUUUGUUGGCCGGACAGUCAGGAAUUGGAAGCAGAGCUGCGAUUGAAAUUAUGAGUCAAAUGCAUCAAAUGAAACUUUGUAAUCUUCGUGUCUCCUCUUCUUACUCAUUGCGGCAAUUCAAUCAAGACUUGAGAGAUGCAAUUCAAAUGGCUUGUGUGGAUGGUGAACAAGUACUGCUAGUAAUAGAGGAUUACCAGUUGCUUGAUGAAUCAUUCCUUCAACACAUCAACUCUUUGAUUGCCUCAGGGAAUGUACCAGGAUUGUACAAUAGUCAACAGGAAGUUGACUCACUCCUGUCCCGUCUGAGAGAUUCUGCAAUGGAAGAGGGGUUUGGAGGAGGGGGAAGUACAACAGGAAAUCUGCAUGAUUAUUUCGCUUACAAAAUUCAGCAGAAUGUUCAUGUAGCUAUGAUUAUGAAUACUGGACAUCAAAAAUUUGCAUCAAGGAUUCUUUCAAAUCCGUCGCUUUAUAAGCGAUGUAAUAUUAUUUGGCAACCAAAUUUAUCUCCUGAAACGCUAAAACAAAUUGCCGAAUUAUCUCUUAUACAAAAGAAAGAUGAUUCAGACAAAAAUGCACAACCGCCAGCUAAUUGGUUGUUACAAUCAUUUGUUCAAUUAUUUCAAUUGGCACCUUCAGAAAGUCAAUCACCCGAACGUUUUUCAAUUUUUGUAGAAAAUUUCCAUCAACUUUUGUCUGCAAAAAGGGCAACAAUUGAAAGACGUGUAAAUUCUCUUAGAGGGGGUGUUACAAAAUUAACAGAAACGAGAACUGCUGUUGCUAAACUUCAAAAAAGGGCAGCUAAAAAAUCAAAACAAUUAGCUGAAAAACAGGCGGAGGCAGAUUCUGCACUUGCAGAAAUAACUAAAAGUAUGACUAGUGCAAAUGAACAAAAGGCUGAUAUGGAGGGAUUGAAAAGUGCUACUGAAGCUGAAAAUUUGAAAAUUGAGGAGCAGAAAAAGCUUAUUGAUCAACAAUUAAGCGAGUUGAGUUUUUUAAGUCAUUUUAUUUGUGAAUGA